AUGUCAGACGCUAAAUCAGAGACGAAAAAGGUGCCAGAAGAGCCUAAUAUCAGAAAAGAUCCAUCAAUAUUGGGACCAGAAUGGGUUGGUUUAUUCCAAUCAGAUGUUGAGUUCAAAAGUGAACAUUUCGAAAAUGCCAUGAAUAAUUUGAUCAAACAACCAAAUAUUAAUUCCACUGUGAUCCUUAGAGCUGAUAUUCUUUCAGAAAAUGUAUAUGAUUACACUCAAGAUGAACCACAAGUUACCAAAUUCAAUAGUGAAUUAGCAAACCAAAAACCUGAUAUACCAACUUCAUCACAAGAUGAAGUGAUACUUACUAAGAAUCUUGAUGAUAUAAAACUUCGGAAUGUACCAUUGGCAUUAGAUUCAAGACCUAAAGUGGAAAUUGUUCGAAGAAUUGUUCCAAGAAAUCCAUUUAAAGAUGUUAUAUUAAACCAAACAUGUUUAAUAACAGCUUUGAAAACAUCAAGUGAAACUGAAUAUGAUUCAACAUUGGUCGUUUAUGAUCCUCAUAUAUCAUCUUGGGAAGAUUGUCCCUUUUAUUUACCAGAAGUUCAAGCAGUUGGUAUUUUAUAUAGACAAAACAAAUUAUCAAUUCAUUAUUUACCAUUUGAUUAUAAUCAAAAAUCAAAUAUUGAAAGUUUUCAAAAUUUAGAUCCAAGUAAUCGUAAUAUAAGGAUUGCUUUUAGAUUACUUCAAACUGCUAAAAAACAUUCAACAGGUGUUAUGCAAGGUUAUCAAAAAAGAGUUAAACAUGAUCAAGUUGUUUCAAAAGUUUCAUUUCAAGAUCGUUAUAUUGCAUUGAAAAAGAAAUAUUCUAAAACCUUGGUUGAUAAUUGGGUUGAAUCAACAGAUCCAAGAAAACACGUUUUUGAAGAUAUAGCAAUUGCUGCAUUCUUGAUAGAACUUUGGUCAAAUUUAUAUAAAGAUAAAAAUGAUUUUGAAUUUCGUGAUCUGGGGUGUGGUAAUGGGUUAUUAGUUCACAUUUUAAUCUCAGAAGGUUACAAAGGUAUUGGUAUAGAUGCUAGGGCUAGAAAAAGUUGGAAAAUUUAUCCUGAAGAAGUUCAAAAUAGAUUAAAAGAACAAGUUAUUAUUCCAUCAGUAUUAUUAAGACCACAUCCUGCUGUUAGAAAUUUAGCACCUCAUGUAUCUGAUAAUGGUCGUAUAUUCCAAGUUCCAAUAAAUAAUGGAUCAAAAUUCAUAAGAGAAGGUGGUAUUGAUGUUCCAGUUGUUGCUUAUUAUUCUUCUGCUUCGUUAUUAAAAUCUUCACAAGUUAAUACUGCACAAUUCCCAAAAAAUACAUUUAUAAUAGGGAACCAUUCUGAUGAAUUAACUUGCUGGAUUCCAUUAUUAGGUUACCCAUUCCUUGUUAUUCCAUGUUGUUCUCAUUCAUUAUCAGGUGCUCGUGUUAGAUAUCCUUCCAAAAAACCACAAAUGAAAAAAGAGAAUGAUAAAUCUUCAUUCGGAGCUUCUACAUAUGCAGCAUUAGUUGACCAUGUUGAAGAUUUAGCAAGAGAUGUUGGUUGGAAAGUUGAAAGAGAAAUGUUAAGAAUUCCAAGUACAAGAAAUGCAGCUAUUAUUGGACAUCAAAAAGAUAAAGCAAAUACAAGAAUUAAUUCAGUUUAUGAUAUAUUGGUAUUAGAAGGUGGUGCUGAAGGAUGGGUUGAAAAUACCAUGUCAUUAACAAAAAGAGCUCCAAGAAACCAUUAG